UUGGCGCUAGAGUAGCUCCGGGUUUACUGUAAGGAGCCGCAGUAACGUCUACUUUUCCACUGUAUUGCCCUAUGGCGUUCUGAAUGUUUUAUUCAAUGACUUGAACGGGCAGCCAUGGUUGAAGAGGAAAACAAGGUUGCUGAGGAACUUUUUAAAGACGUCAAAUUCUACGUGGUUGGGGACAUUGACCCAAAGGUGGUGCAGCUGCUAAAAGACGGAAAAGGCAAAGAGGUAUCCUACAAUGCUCUGGCCACACAUAUUAUCACAGAGGAUUGGGACAACCCAGAGGUGGGAGAAUCUCGUGAGGUUUUUGAUCUGCCUGUGGUCAAGCCAUCCUGGGUGAUCCUCUCGGUCCGAUGUGGAGACCUGCUGCCGGUCACCGGCUUCUCUCCUGAAUCUGGACAGAUCUUCUUUGGAGUGACCGCCUGUCUUCCUCGGUUGCUUUAUCCACAGCUUCCAGAGGAUCUCAAUGCAUUGUGGGCGUACAUAACCUUUUAUGGUGGGGAAUGUCAGCUGAACCUCAACAAAAAAGUGACACACUUGGUGGUGAAGGAACCAAAGGGGGCCAAGUUUGAAUGUGCCCUGAAACACCACGGCAUCAAGAUCGUCACCCCAGACUGGAUCAUGGAUUCUGUUAAAGCUCAAAGCCGGAGCGAUGAGGCACUGUAUCACCCUCGGCUGACCUAUGUUGAGCCAGAGGAAGAAGAGGAGAGUGAGGCAGAUUCGUAUGACCAGCGUUCACAUUCCGAUGGAAGCUACAGCCCACGGCGCUCCAGGAUGUCUAGCGGUGGCUCGUCUGACGAGUCCAGUCCUCACAGGCGACCAGGCCCCAAAAAACUCAACUCCAUCUCCCCAUCGUCUCCACGGAAACCUGAAUGUCGCAGUGAGCGGAUGUUUGAUGACUCUGAUGAUGACUUGCCUGCAGAGAAGGAGGGUACCAACCUCAACUGGACACCGGCGGAGGUGGUUGCUCCAACGCCCCCAUUUUCGACAGGCACGGCCAGGAGGCGAAGUGGACCACCAGGCAGCAAGGACCCGGUGUCCUCUACUGGUGGUGGGCUGAUCAACCUGUGUGCCACUGUUCCUUCAGUACCUGGAAGUGGAGCCAUCCCAGCAGAUGUUCGCAAUGCUACUGCCAUCAAUCAAAACACACAAGGAAGUGUAUCACUUCCAGAUGGUAUCCCUGGUUGGAGCCCAGCAGCUAGAACGCUGAGGAACAUUACCAACAACUCGGACAUGCAGCCGACCAGUCGACCCGCCAAUGUAGCACAUAUUAUCCAGAAUUUGAAUCAGGGAAAGCCAUUAGAGCACCAGACCAGUCAAAGCCAUUCCCAGACUCCCAACGCUACCAACGCUCUUCUGUUCAGUCAGUCCAAAAUGACUGGGCAGCCCCUCACUGUCCAGCAGCAGCAGCAGUUAAUGCAACAGUCACACCAACAACACCAUCAACAGUUACCCCAACAACAGCAACACCCCAUGAUGCAACUCCAGCAGCAACAGCAGCAUCAGAUGAUGCAGAUACAUCACCAACAGCAACAGCCCCAAGUUGCACAGCAGCAGUUGUUUCCCCAGCAGCAGCAUCAGUUCCUUCAACAACAACAACAACAACAACAGCAGCAGCAGCAGCAAAUGCACCAACAGCAGAUGUUUUCACAGCAACAGCAACAUGCCUUCCCUCAGCAGCAGCUGCGCCCUCCGCAGCUCUUGCGGCCCGGUGUCCAGCAGUUGCAGCAACAACAAGCCCUGCAACAGCAGCUGCAGCAAUUCCAACAGCAACAACGCAUGCAGAUAUUGCAGCAGCAGCAGCAGCAGCAGCAGCAACAGCAACAACAACAACAAAAUCAGCAGCAGUUACACCAACAGCAUCUACAGCAACAACACUUCCUGCAACAGCAGCAGCACAUCCAGCAGAUGCAGCAGCAACAGCAGCUGCAAAACCAUCAUCAGCAGGCUAUGCAGCAUCAGAACCAACAGGCCCUGCAGCAACAACAGCAGCAGACUUUGCAGCUGCAGCAGCCUGCUCAUGUCUCCCUGUUUGGACACGAGCAAGGAACAGAAAUACCACAGGAUGGCUUUUUGCUGGGCUGUGUGUUUGCCAUUGCUGACUACCCAGAGCAGAUGGCAGACAAACAACUUCUGUCCACAUGGAAAAGGGUGAUCCAGGCCUGUGGCGGUACUGUUGACUCCUCCCUAACCAGCCGCUGCACACACCUGCUGUGUGAGAGUCAGGUCAGCAACAUGUAUGUGCAGGCCCUCAGAGAGGGAAAACGCUGCGUCACAGCACACUGGCUCAACACCGUGCUGAAAAGGAAGAGGAUGGUACCCCCUCAUCGAACGCUACAUUUGCCCUUCGCAUUUCCUCCUGGAGCCAAACCUUGCUCUCAACAUAUUGUGUCUGUGACGGGCUUUGUGGAUGCUGACAGAGAUGACUUGAAGUUGAUGGCGUACUUGGCGGGUGCCAGAUAUACGGGGUAUCUGUGCCGCAGCAACACUGUCCUGAUCUGCAAAGAACCCAGCGGACUGAAGUAUGAGAAGGCCAAGGAGUGGAAGAUCCCUUGUGUGAAUGCUCAGUGGCUGUGUGAUAUUCUGCUGGGAAACUUUGAAGCUCUGAGACAAAUCCUACACAGUCGAUACUCCAUUUAUACGCAUUCUGAGCCACUGGUGCCAAACCUCCAGCUGGUCCAGAACCUGCUUGGUCCUUGGAGAAUACCAAUCAAAGUAUCUCCAGAAGCUUUAGCGAGCAUGCAGUUGCUGCAGAAACAGAAGCUGGCUGACUCCACAAACCAACCGGCCAACAAAAAGGCUCGAAUGGAGGAGAUUCAGUCCCCCAUUAAGAAGCUUCCACCGGAGUCGACUCCACGAGUUAUGUUCACAGGGUUUGAGCCCACACAAGUUCAACAGUACACAAAGAGACUCCAUGCUUUGGGAGGGGAAGUAGCAGACAGCAGCCUGAAGGCGACUCACCUGAUGGCGAGUAAAGUCAAGCGCACCGUCAAGUUCCUCACUGCCAUGUCUGUGGUCAAACACGUGGUCAGCCCAGAGUGGCUUGAAGAGAGCUGGAGGGGCCAGAAAUUUGUUGAUGAGCAGAGCCACAUUCUAAGGGAUGCUGAGGCUGAGGUCCUUUUUGCUUUUAGUCUGGAAGAGUCCCUCAAGAAAGCCCACAGUGCACCACUUUUCAAGGGGAAGUAUUUCUACCUGACCCCAGGAAUGUGCCCCAGCCUCAGCACCAUGAAGUCUAUCGUGGAAAGUGCGGGAGGGAAGCUGCUGGCCAAACAGCCCUCAUACCGAAAAAUCAUGGAACAUAAACAGAACAAGAACCUCCCAGAGAUCAUCUUGAUUUCCUGUGACAACGAUCUCCAUCUUUGCAGAGAGUACUUCCUUAAAAACAUCGAUGUCCACAACGCUGAGUUCAUUCUGACAGGAGUUCUCACCCAGAAACUUGACUACGAAUCAUAUAAAUUCACUUGAUGAGCUGAAGAAGAAGAAGAUGAGGAGGAGGAGGUGAAGAAGAACAAUCUGUGUACAGUCGAACCCCACUGACGUCUAUCUUUUUACUUUUGUGAAUAGAAAUCCAGUCUUUUGUAGUUUUUUUUUUAAAUGUUCCAGAAUAAAUAAAUGGAUGUUAUUUUUGUGAAAUGAAUGUUCACACGAUGGACUAUUUUAAUCUUGUUGCUGUUAAUGUGUACAGGCUUCAUCUUAAACAUGCUGCUUUUUUGGAAUAAAUAUUGUACAUUAUUUGUCAGUCA